AUGAAUGAUAUUAAUCAAUAGACUAUUGAAUCUCUUUCUGAUAAUGAAGCCAGUAUUAAAAACCUGAUUAAAGAGAGCGAGGACCUGAAGAGAGCCGUCAACGGUAGGCAUGACUGUGAAGACAUUUGGCAUAUUAACAUCGAGAGAGUAAUACAAGUUUUAGGAUGAUAGUCAGUCACUAUUAUUAUAAUUAGGAGGAGAGUUAGACAAAAUAAAAUAGGAAGUGCUGAACAAAAAUGAGAAAACACAAACAUGACGAGACAUGAAUAAUGAAGAAUUCUCUGACUGAAGAGAGGGACAAGUGGAAGAAGAUCAACCUUGGUAAGUAAGACAAUGAAAGUACGCAACAUUUAAGACUUGAAGAGGCUUCAGUCCAAUAUUAGUGAAGGUAAACGUACGUGCAAAAAGUGUGAAACAUCAUAUGUUGCACGUAGUUUGGUAGAGUUGCCAUUUGGUUUCUUAGACUUGUAGGAGAUUCUUCACAUUGACUAUGUCAUUAAUAGAAGACUGAGCUUUGAAUUACUGAAACCAAAUGACAAUCUGUAUUAAACAAUGCAGUCUGGUUAUUUUGAAGUGAUGGUAUCUUCCAAACCAGGUAUAGAGGCCCGAUUCAGAAAUCUGACUGAAGAGAGAGAUGAGCUGAACAGAACUGUCUAUGGUGAGUAAUUACAAUGAUUUCAUUUGAAAGCUACAUGGUAACACAAGUUUUAGGAUGAAAGCCAGAAACUUGCAUAUCUGUGUCACUAGAGAUCUCUGUCACUAUUGAAGUUCUCAGAAAACGUUAUGUAUAUCGAGCAGAAGAAACCAACCUCCAUGAAUAAAUGAAUGAUAUUAAUCAAUAGACUAUUGAAUCUCUUUCUGAUAAUGAAGCCAGUAUUAAAAACCUGAUUAAAGAGAGCGAGGACCUGAAGAGAGCCGUCAACGGUAGGCAUGACUGUGAAGACAUUUGGCAUAUUAACAUCGAGAGAGUAAUACAAGUUUUAGGAUGAUAGUCAGUCACUAUUAUUAUAAUUAGGAGGAGAGUUAGACAAAAUAAAAUAGGAAGUGCUGAACAAAAAUGAGAAAACACAAACAUGACGAGACAUGAAUAAUGAAGAAUUCUCUGACUGAAGAGAGGGACAAGUGGAAGAAGAUCAACCUUGGUAAGUAAGACAAUGAAAGUACGCAACAUUUAAGACUUGAAGAGGCUUCAGUCCAAUAUUAGUGAAGGUAAACGUACGUGCAAAAAGUGUGAAACAUCAUAUGUUGCACGUAGUUUGGUAGAGUUGCCAUUUGGUUUCUUAGACUUGUAGGAGAUUCUUCACAUUGACUAUGUCAUUAAUAGAAGACUGGGCUUUGAAUUACUGAAACCAAAUGACAAUCUGUAUUAAACAAUGCAGUCUGGUUAUUUUGAAGUGAUGGUAUCUUCCAAACCAGGUAUAGAGGCCCGAUUCAGAAAUCUGACUGAAGAGAGAGAUGAGCUGAACAGAACUGUCUAUGGUGAGUAAUUACAAUGAUUUCAUUUGAAAGCUACAUGGUAACACAACUUUAAGGAUGAAAGCCAGAAACUUGCAUAUCUGUGUCAUUAUUGAAGUUCUCAGAAAACGUUAUGUAUAUCGAGCAGAAGAAACCAACUUCCAUGAAUAAAUGAAUGAUAUUAAUCAAUAGACUAUUGAAUCUCUUUCUGAUAAUGAAGCCAGUAUUAAAAACCUGAUAAAAGAGAGCGAGGACCUGAAGAGAGCCGUCAACGGUAGGCAUGACUGUGAAGACAUUUGGCAUAUUAACAUUGAGAGAGUAAUACAAGUUUUAGGAUGAUAGUCAGUCACUAUUAUUAUAAUUAGGAGGAGAGUUAGACAAAAUAAAAUAGGAAGUGCUGAACAAAAAUGAGAAAACACAAACAUGACGAGACAUGAAUAAUGAAUAAUUCUCUGACUGAAGAGAGGGACAAGUGGAAGAAGAUCAACCUUGGUAUAGAGGCCCGAUUCAGAAAUCUGACUGAAGAGAGAGAUGAGCUGAACAGAACUGUCUAUGGUGAGUAAUUACAAUGAUUUCAUUUGAAAGCUACAUGGUAACACAACUUUAAGGAUGAAAGCCAGAAACUUGCAUAUCUGUGUCAUUAUUGAAGUUCUCAGAAAACGUUAUGUAUAUCGAGCAGAAGAAACCAACUUCCAUGAAUAAAUGAAUGAUAUUAAUCAAUAGACUAUUGAAUCUCUUUCUGAUAAUGAAGCCAGUAUUAAAAACCUGAUUAAAGAGAGCGAGGACCUGAAGAGAGCCGUCAACGGUAGGCAUGACUGUGAAGACAUUUGGCAUAUUAACAUCGAGAGAGUAAUACAAGUUUUAGGAUGAUAGUCAGUCACUAUUAUUAUAAUUAGGAGGAGAGUUAGACAAAAUAAAAUAGGAAGUGCUGAACAAAAAUGAGAAAACACAAACAUGACGAGACAUGAAUAAUGAAUAAUUCUCUGACUGAAGAGAGGGACAAGUGGAAGAAGAUCAACCUUGGUAUAGAGGCCCGAUUCAGAAAUCUGACUGAAGAGAGAGAUGAGCUGAACAGAACUGUCUAUGAUGUCGAGGCCUCAUAACAAAAACCUGACUGAACAGAGAGAUGAGCUGAAGAGGAAGCUGAAGGACCAAGUUUCCCUGAAUAAUUCUCUGACUGAAGAGAGGGACAAGUGUAAGAAGAUCAACCUUGAUACUACAGUCAUUAUUGAAAGUCUAACCAAAGAGAGAAAUGAGCUGAAGAGGAUGCUUAAUGACCGUACCCAACAGGUGUGGGUGUCUUUCAGUGGCAGUUUUUACUACGUUUCUUCUACGAAGAAAACCUGGCAAGACAGUAGAAAUGACUGUCUUCGAAGAGGUGCGGACCUAAUGAUUAUCAACAGUCAAGAAGAGCAGAACUUUGCACGCCGAUUCAGAAAGUACAUGUGGGUUGGACUGAAUGACAAACAGACUGAAGGAAGAUGGGAAUGGGUGAAUGGGAACGCAAUGACCACAAGCUACUGGAGUGAAGGUGAGCCUAAUGGUGGCAGACGCGAAAACUGUGGCAAUGUAAAGAAUUUUGAGUACGACUACAGCUGGAAUGAUGAAGACUGUUCCACUUCACUCUUCUGGGUAUGUGAAAAGAAGACUUUCCCGUAACUCUGCCUCUGCACCUGCAAGACAACAAAAAAGACAAGGCAGUGAUGUGGACGUCUCAAAUGCAGCUGAACAGAAGACGUAACAUUACUAUUUGUUAUCAUUUUUAGAUGUGAAUACCAUUUACAGAUUUGCUAGCUUAGUGUGUAUGUAGUUUUAAAGGCAUGUACAUAGAAAUAAAUAAAUAGAAAUCUGUAGUCGAUUGUAUCACCCUUGAUGAACCUUUAAAUAACAUCUGCAAUGUUCUCAUUUGCUGUCAUUAAACUAAAUGACUAACUGCUCAUAAUUAGGAACAGGGACAUGACAUACUGUAUUUGAUGGUGUUUUAGCUGUUUAUCAAAACACAUUCAAGUCACAGUUAUAUAAUGAAUGUGUCAAUGCCAAUGCCAGUUCAUCAACAGAUGUUAAGCAAAGUGCUAUAUAGAGUAAAUAAGGCAGAAUACAUCAAACAUAUAAACACACAGUCAACACAAAAACAAUACAAUGAAGAGGAAGAUGUAAAUAAAUAAUGCUAAAUAAAAAGUACUAUAUUAAACCCCUCAAACUGAAUUAAAUGCCAAAAAAUACAAAUGAGUUUCAAGAGAGGAUUUUAAAAUAUGAAGAGGCUGACUGUUUCAGACUCCAGGAGCUGCAGCAGAGAAAGUACAAUCUCCCCCGUGCUUCAACCUUGUUCUUGGGACAACCUCAAGACAAUGGUCUGCAGCCCUGAGUAACCUUAGUUUGACUUAAUGAGAUCAGAGAGAAUUAAGUGCAGACUCUGGACUUCAAUUUGAAGGUCAGAUCACAACUUUUUAUAUAUAUAUACAACUUGAUUUUCUCAUCUGACUAAAAAUGUUUUCUAAUCUAGACAGAUGAUGGUUUUCCAAUGCAGUUCUUUUUGUCCAACCUAUUGUAAGUGGGUACAUUACUCCAGUAAAUUGUCUUGGUCCUGAAUCAACAAGCUUUGAUUAGAUCUGUGUUGUAUUUUAACUUCUAUGUUAAAUAAAGGUCACUACUUUAUAAAA